CUCGGGUUUGGGUGGCAUGUUUCCCAAAAUCAGCCCGACCCGACCCAGCCCCACGUUCACCUCGGGUCGGGCUUGGACACUCUUUUUGACCCAAGCUCGGCCCGUUUGUAGCCCACCUCUGACAGGACCAAACCUUUCAGAUCUCGUCAAAGUUUCAAACCCAGACGGAACAGAUGAAGGACCACCAAUUCGCAGAAUCGCAAAUCCGAACAACGUCGCGCAGAAGUGGUGCAAGCAGUUCAGACCUACACAGCACAGGAACGCUCGAGGAACGCAUAAAUUCUGGAUAAAGCACGCGGGUAAAGCCGAUACACAACUUUUAGUUAUCUGA